UGCCGACAGCAGGCGUUCCCCGGCAGUGAGUGAGUGAGGACUGUGUAUUGCACAAGGCAGCAGUUUCCCAGCAGUGUAGACUCGACACUGUCUAAAGGCAGGAGCUCCCCGGCAGCGAGGACAGUGCACCGUGCAAGAGAGCUCGGAUCGAGCGGACCCCGGCGUUAGUUACCAUGCCUGGACCUGCUGCAAGUGCAACAAAUGUCGGUGCCUCCAGCCGAUCGCCCAGUAAAGCUGUGGCUCCCCGGGCUGCUGGUAGUGGAUCCACCGUGAGACAGAGGAAAGCUACCAGCAGUGCAGUGAGCCGUACUGGUCGAACCACCUCAGCAGGUACUGGUGGAAUGUGGCGGUUCUAUACAGAGGAUUCUCCUGGGCUUAAAGUUGGGCCUGUUCCAGUGCUUGUUAUGAGUCUACUGUUCAUCGCUUCAGUAUUCAUGCUGCACAUCUGGGGCAAGUACACACGCUCAUAGACCAGACUUCAAGCUUCAACACUAUAUUCAGUCAUCCUGGACCAAAUGCCAAUUUUAUAUGAGAACUUAUUUCUGACACAUUACAUCCUGCUUUCUACUUGUGUAAAUCGAAGUGAGGAUCUUGCAAAGAAUGGGUGCGGUAUCUCAGUCCUUGUCUUAAUUUCCAUGAGGAGAUGCUGCCAUUUUGUUGGAUUUCUGAAGUCUUUGUUGAAUGUUCCUUUCUGACCUUUGUUUUACAUUUUUGUCAAGCAGCUCACUGAUGUUCUCCAUUAAAAAAUAUAUAUAUA